GGGGGUGGGGGAGAAGGGGCUCAUCUCUACUCUCUUCCUUAAUUUGUUUUGUUUUGAGACCAUUUUCUUAAGUUCAAAGAAAUUCCCAGUGCAGUGACCUCCAUAUUCUUAGCAUAAUUAAUUGGCUCCUUCAUCAAAUACCAAAUACAAUUUUUGCAUGGAUGGAGAUCUCUAGUGCUCAAUACCAGUUCAUGGCCACAAGCCACUCAAUAGAACAAGCCCUCAUAGCUUGUCCCAACAAGACCCAUCAGCAGCAGCAGCAGCAGCAGCAGCAGCAGCUGCAGGACAAGAAGCCAAGGCCUCACCAAGAUCAAGCCCUGAGAUGUCCAAGAUGUGACUCCACCAACACCAAGUUCUGCUACUACAACAACUACAGCCUCUCCCAGCCCAGAUUCUUCUGCAAAGGGUGCAGAAGGUACUGGACCCAGGGGGGAUCUCUGAGGAAUGUCCCUGUUGGAGGUGGCUGCAGGAAAAGCAAGAAGAAACUAUCCUCAUCAUCCUCUUCCUCCCUCUCUCCUUGCUCCUCCUCCUCCACCUCUCCCUCCUCCUCCUCCUCCUCUCUCCCUUCCAAGAACACCACCACCAACCUCAGCAUCACCCCACUGCUCUCCAACCUGAUCCAUGCACCAUUUUCUUAUGACCCAAGUGAUCUAACUCUGGCCUUUGCUGGUAGUGAUCAGCAUGGCAAUGGCCACAGCUUGCUUUUAGGUGCUGGCCCUAGCCCUAGCCCAAACCCUUGCCCAGGUGGGCCCACAAGUGGGUUCUUUGACAUCUUGAGAGGUGGGUUCCUUGGGAGUGAGAACUUUGCUGGGUUUCACAUGCCAUGCUAUGGGUUAGAUAAUAAUAAUAAUAAUAAUAAUGAUGUUGGUGGGAGUAGUGGGGGUAGUGAGGUGGUGGUGUUGCCUUUUGAGGAGAGGCAUGGUGGUGCAGUUACUCAUGAAGUGGAAGGGUCUUCUUGCAAAGAUAUGAAUAAUGGAGUGGAAGGGAUUAAUGGGGCUAUGAACUUGGAUCUAGGUAGAGAUUACUGGGGCAUUAAUGGGGUUGCUUCUACUUGGCAUGGGCUCAUCAACAGCUCCUUGAUCUGAGGAAGCUGCACUGAUGAUCAGUUUCUGUGUUCAUGACAUUUUCUCCCAUUCUGGGAAAUGUAUUUGUCUCAUGUUCUUCAUUGUAGUAGUGCUUUUCCUUUCUUCUUCUUCUUCUUCUUCUUCUUCUUCUUUUUUAAUCUUCUUCUUUUUAAUCUGAUGUAUCCUUUUUCUCUGAGUGGUCAUCUGACAAACUAUAAAGCAAAUGAAAGUAUUCAGAUUGGUUUCCCCAUCA